AUGAUUGUUAUAAAUACAUCAUCAAAGAAUCUUGGAACCCAUGUUCAUUUCCAACAAACUUCAUCUAUCUACAAACACAAACUCAUAGAAAUGAAUCUCCUCUUCUGCCAUUUACUGCAAGUUUCAUUCUUCACUCUCCUAAUUCUCUCUUUCGGAUGCGUAUUUCCCUUGUUGGAGUCUGCUGCUCUAAGCAUAGAGACUGAAAAGCAAGCCUUGAUCUCGUUUAAGUCUCAAAUAAGCUUGGAAUCUUCCAAUUCUCUAUCUUCAUGGGUCCAAAGCUCCUCCCCUUGCAACUGGACGGGAGUUUCAUGCAAUAGAAUUGGCCAAAGAGUUUUUGGCCUCAAACUCUCCAAAUUGGGACUUGUUGGCUCCAUAAGUCCCUAUAUUGGAAAUCUCUCUUUUCUUCAGUCCCUGGAGCUUCAAAACAAUCAACUUACAGGAACACUUUCUGAAGAAAUCUGUAAUCUUUCUGGCCUUAGAGUCUUGAACCUAAGUUCCAAUAGCUUGCAAGGUUCGAUACCAUCGAAUGUAAGCAAGUUGACAGAGCUCAGAAUCCUUGACGUGUUAAUGAAUCAGAUUACAAGAAGAAUUCCCGCGGAGCUCACCUUGCUUACCAACAUCCAAACUUUGAACUUGGGGAGAAAUCUUCUUUGGGGUACAAUUCCACCAUCUAUAGGAAAUAUUUCGUCACUAGAGAAUUUGAUCUUAGGCGCAAAUACUCUUAGUGGCAUGAUUCCUAGUGAUUUAAGCCAUCUUAGAAACUUGAAGGUUCUUGAUCUCACUAUAAACAAUCUCACUGGUACCGUUUCCUCCAGCAUUUACAACUUGUCUUCUCUAGUCGAUUUGGCCUUAGCUUCCAACCAGCUGUGGGGUAAAAUUCCUAGUGAUAUUGGAGUGACACUUCCAAAUCUUUUGGUUAUCAAUUUAUGCUUCAAUAAGUUCACUGGAACAAUUCCUGCAUCUUUGCACAAUCUCGCAAAUAUAAAGGUUAUUCGUAUGGCACAUACUCUUUUAGAAGGAACAAUACCGCCAGGAUUAGGAAAUCUUCCAUUCCUGGAGAUGUACAAUAUUGGCUUCAAUAGAAUUGUUAACUCUGGAGACAAUGGUCUUGGAUUCAUCACUUCCUUAACAAACAACACCCAUCUUAAAUUCCUUGCCUUUGAUGACAACCUUCUGUAGGGUGUCAUCCCUGAAUCUGUUGGUAAUCUUUCCAAGGAUCUCUCGAAAUUAUACAUGGGAGGCAAUCAUAUUUAUGGUUCUAUACCAGCAUCAAUUGGUCAUCUCAGUAGCUUAACGUUGCUAAAUUUGAGCUACAACUCUAUCACCGGUGAAAUUCCAACUGAAAUUGGUCAAUUGGAGAAUCUGCAAAUGUUGGGUCUUGCUGGAAAUCAAAUCGCUGGAAGGAUUAGGGAUUCCCUUAGUAAUCUUCAGAAGUUAAACCAAGUUGAUUUAUCAGGUAAUAAAUUGGUGGGGAGAAUACCCACUACUUUUGGGAAUUUCCAUAGUCUUCGUUCCAUGGACUUAUCCAUUAACAAGCUCAAUGGAACCAUACCUAAAGAAAUUCUCAGUCUCCGAAGCUUGAGUCUGAUCUUGAACCUGUCUAACAACUUCUUGAAUGGGAAUUUGUCAGAGGAAAUUGGGCUUCUAGAUAGUGUUGCUACCAUUGACCUCUUAAACAACCAUUUAUCAGGUAAUAUUCCUGAUUCACUCAAAAACUGCAAGAGCUUGGAGGAAUUAUACAUUACCAAAAAUGCAUUCUCAGGCCCUAUUCCAAGCUCCCUAGGAGAAAUUAAAGGACUGGAAAUUCUAGACCUUUCCUAUAAUAAUCUUUCUGGCUCCAUUCCUCUUGAUCUUGGCAAACUAUAGGCCCUUGAAUCCUUAAACCUUUCCUUUAAUGACCUAGAAGGAGUCGUUCCCUGUGGUAACCUACUUACAAAUCUCUCUAGAGUCCAGUUAGAAGGCAACCUAAAGCUUUCCGUGCAUACGGAAUGUCAUAAUUCUCAAGGCCGUGGAAGAAAACUAGUCAAAGUUUAUGUCAUUAUCUCUAUCAUGGCAAAAUUAGCUUCGUCCUUUUCUGUUGGUUCAUUCUUCUAUAUAAGGAGAAACAAAGCAAAGAUUGCUUAAUCUCCCAGUUCGAUCAAAGAGCAGCAUCAAUUGAUUUCAUACCAUGAGCUCCGACAAACAACUGGGAACUUCAACGAGCAAAAUUUGAUUGGAAGUGGGAGCUUUGGGUCAGUGUAGAAGGGGUGUCUUGGAGAUGGUUCUGAUGUAGCAAUCAAGGUACUUGACGUCAAACAGAUCAGAUUUAUGAAGAGCUUUAUUGCAGAGUGCAAGGCUUUAAGAAAUGUUAGGCAUCGAAAUCUUGUUAAGCUAAUCACAUCUUGCUCGAGCGUGGACUUCAAAAAUGAAGAAUUUCUGGCUCUAGUGUAUGAGUUCCUUGGUAAUGGGAAUUUGGAAGACUGGAUUAAGGGCAAGAGGAAGAAAGAAGAUGGGGAUGGACUAAAUCUUGUAAGGAGAUUAAAUCUGGCUAUUGAUGCAUCCAUUGCUAUGGAUUACCUGCAUCACGACUGUGAAGUUCCUGUGGUGCACUGUGAUUUGAAGCCUAGCAACAUUCUUUUGGAUGAAGACUUGACUGCCAAGGUAGGGGAUUUUGGCCUGGCUAGGCUGCUGAUAGAGAAAGCGAGUGAUCAAACUUCAAUUAGUUCCAUCCAUGUCUUGAAAGGUUCCAUAGGCUACAUACCUCCAGAGUAUGGCCUCGGAGUGAAACCAUCAAUGGCUGGAGAUGCAUACAGCUUCGGAGUGCUAUUACUAUAGCUGUUUACUGGAAAGAGCCCUACAGAUGACAGUUUGAUGGGCGAACAAAAUCUAGCUGGGUGGGUGCAAUCAGCUUUUCCUGGCAGGCUAUUACAAGUUCUAGACCCUGAGUUGCUACUAUUCAUGGAUAAUCUUUGCCAUGAUGGUCGUACUGUGAAUCCAGAAGUUCAACAAGAAUGUGUGAUGACAGUCCUUGGGAUUGGAUUAUCUUGUACUACAAGCUCUCCUAACAGCCGAAUCAGCAUAAGAAAUGCUCUUCGCAAGCUCAAAGCUGCAAGAGACAACCUUCUUGAUCAUGGUCCUAUUCUGAAUUCCAAGCAUGAAGAGCAAUAGGUUUUCGUGUGUUGAAUCCCAGAAUAAUCACGAGUAUUAAGUAUGGAUAAUGGUUGUACUUAACGAUUACAGGCUCUGCAUUGCACACUAGGCCUCUACUAGAAGUUUUCAGUAUGACUUGUGAUUUUACAGUGAGGACAAGGAAGAUACUUUCCUUUUUUUCCACCUUUAGGUCCAUCAUCAUCCUUUUUCUUUGUCUUUCUUCUCACUAGAUUGCUUUUUGCUCCAUAACUGCUACCAACAACCUUGUCUUUUAGUGUUACCCGAAAAUUUUACUCAAUUAUGGUUCAGCUAAAAAGAGA